UAGCACUCCCCUUUUCUGUUUACCGGGGACCUUAUAGGAGCCAACGCAGAAACUUAAGGAACUGAAGGAACUUAACUUUCACUCUGCAGGAACUUACAGUGGAGGAUUGGAGAAGAUUGAAAAGAAAAAAACAACACAGAGCUUCCUCUACUGUUCUAUACAUCCUACCUUUCUUCUCUAGGUUAAACCACUCACUCACCCUCUCACCCUCUCCCUCUCCCUCUCUCUCUCUCUGUCUCUCACACGCCCUUUCACACUGUAUCUGUCUUUUCAUCACGUUUACAGGCGGUAGCCAAGAAAACAUUUGGGUGCAACAAUUUCCGAUCUGCACUGGAGAACGGUCUCUCUCUCUCUCUCUCUCUCUCUCUCUCUCUCUCUCUCUCUCUAUAAAUAUAUCUUGCUGUUGCUCUUUCAAGCCUCCCAUUCAUUCAGGACCCUCUCUCCUAUCUCCAGAGCUCUACUUCUUCCGACAACUUCAACGUCUUCCUUCCUGUGGGAAGCUCUGACUAAAGGAGGCACAGCUCUUUCACGCAGGAGACCUCCAAGACACAUCCACUAAAGCCACUGUCAAGUGCUGAUCUCCAAAUCCUGGCUGGGUAGGAAGGCACAAAGUGAAACUUUCUAUAAUAGACCUAACCUAAACCUCAAGGCCUUCGAACGACUACUGGGCAUAGCAGCAAUAUCCAAGGUUGUGGGAGUGACGCGGAGGUGGACUCAGUCUUCAGGAUGGCGGUGGACAGUAACAAGGAUUCGCUGCACUACCGCCGCUCGUUGGUCAUCGCACCCAAAACGACCACACAGUUCAACCAGUUCCUGCCCACCAAGGACAAGCCAGCGGCCUACGUGCCAGCACCUCUCCGCAAGAAGCGGGCCGAGCGCCACGAGGACAGCCGCCGAAGCUGGGCCAGCCCCAAGUACACUGAGGAGGAUGGCACCUUCACCAGGUCCGAAUCCUCCAACAACAGAUGCAUAUCCCAGGAUUCCCUGCCCACCGUCCAACUGCAGUGGGCGUACGAGUACGAGAGUGGCAGUGGCGAUGAUUCUGACCCCGAGCGGCCGGACCCCGACCUCGUUCUGGAUGACCUGGCCAGCCGGCGCUUCCACAGUCCCUCCCCUGCCCUGCCUACCAACUUCGCACUACCAAUCAGCCCUGUGGAGGCCGGGAAUGCUGUGGGAUUAGGAGGAGGGGGAGGAGUGGUUUCAGUGGCGAAAGGAGGGACCUGGCCAAUGGUCACAAUGACCACAAACACAAACGCCCCACCGCGGCAGACGGUGACCUGCCUCAGCAGCAGUGGGCCAAUGACGCCGAUGUGCUCCCCCCAGCCUCAGAUGGGCUCAGUCAGGGUGGACCACCACUGUCCUCUCCCCACUGACAGCCUUCUCCGACAGAUGUAUGACGAUUCUGAAGACGAGGAAGAUGAUGUUGGGUAUGCUGACCCCAUUCAGGACGACCUGUACGCUCGCAAAGUGGGUGCGUUGCCCAAGUCAACUGUCGACGUGUCAUAUGACCGGUUUCUGCCCAAGUUCUGGACGCCUGAGGAGGACACCCACGUGCAGAAGAUCAAACUGGGCUCCCAGAGGAGACCCUGGUACAAGAAGAUCCAGGGCUUCAGCCGAAAGAAGUCUGGCGGCUCAUCCUCUGACGACUCUGACUGCGAUGUCAGUCGCUGGCUCUCCUCAGCCCCUUCCGGCCCCUCCCCCUCCUCUCACCCCCAUGCACCUGAAGGCUCCGCCCACACCAGCCUCCCUGCUGGUCAAAGUCCUUACAACACUCAGCCACAACACACUGCCCUCUACCAGCCCCCCAAAAAGCAAGCCACCAACAUCCCAUACUUUGAGCGCUUCCCGGUGGUAUUCCCUAUGAUCGACCCCACCUCCGGCCCCCGGCUGGUCAAAUGCGAGAAGUGUCCCCUUCUGGGGCGUGACAACCCCCUGGAUCCACCAGAACAGUUGGAUGAGUCCCUGGCAAGCAUCUUCCCUGACCUGGAGAAUGACGACAUGUUCGCCCGACGCACCCAGGCCUUCCACUCCAACUCGGCGCUGGCUGUGCUGAAAACCCGGGUGUGCGUAAACCACUUGUCCAGCCACCUCUACGCCUCGAACGCCCAGCUCAACAUCGCCACCCAGCCGCAGACACCAGGCAAGGAUCACAAGACCGUCAUCCCCGACAUCGAGAGGGACGACUUCAUCUUUCGGAAGGUCAACCAGCCCCAGGAUGGUCGGCGGCAGAGACCACUGUUGGGUGCGGCCGACAGCUACAACCCGAUGACCAUCCCUGAGCCCUGGGCACUGCCUGCCAAGCUCCAGGCACGGCUGCUCUGCGCCCCCUCACCUUUGACCCAGGAGGUUGAAGCUGAGGGCAGGGAGAACCAUGAGGAAAGAGGAGAUCGUGAUGGGCACCCUAAAACGGACGACAUGUUGCUGAGGAAGUUUGGGAUAGUGCUCGGGGUGGGGGUGGGGGCAGUGCGUGUCCAAGGUCAGCGGUCAUAUCUAGGUAUGUCGCUGCCCACUUCCUGUAGCGAGGGUGACCUGCAGAAGAUGGUGGCGAUUAGGGAGGCGAGUCGGCUGAGGUACAAGAAGAGGAUGAUGAUUGAGAGACUGCUCCAAAAGUAUGACGUUGCUAACGAUGGGAGCAAAUCAAUGACAGACCUUGCGGUUGACCAGGAGGCCCUAAAGCAGGUGCGCUACGAGGAGCUACAGAAGAUCAGAGAGCAGGUCAGGGAGAACGAAGACCAGUGGCAGGAUGAUCUCACCAAGUGGAAAAACCGUCGCAAGAGCUUCAACUCUGAUAUUGUGAAGAAGAAAGAGGAGAGGGAGCAGACCACAGCGAGCAGCGGAAUAGGGAGCCGCGGUUUCCAGAAUUCCAAUUGGAGCUCCAUCGGCAGUCGCCUCAACUCCCUCACCUCUCUGGACCAGGACGUGUUUGAAGACUCUGCCCCGGUCCUCCGCACCCUCCCUCCGAGGAGCUACACCUUCGACAACCCCUACACCCCUCUUGACCGCCUCAGACCAACUCGCUCCUCCGUGCUCCCCCCAAGGGAGGAGGCGUGCGCUGCCACCACGGCAACCAACAAGGCUGUCCCGCCUUCUAGGGGCAACAUGAGUGACAGUAUCGACAGUCCCUUCGGUUCUGGUAGCGACAUCACUACCACUGUGGGUCGCACCCCCAACUACAACCCCUACGUUCCAGCCCCGAAUCCUUCAGAAAGAGCCCCAAGCCUGGCCUCACGGUACACCAGUGCAGCCAAGACGGAGGAGACCUUCAGCACCACCACCACCCCCAGCCUACUACCCAAAGCUCAUGAGCCCAGUCGCCCAUGGGUGGGGAAGGUGUCUGAAGAAGUGACCCCAUCCACUGGUGGUGGCUCUCUGUACAUACAACAGCCACAGUACAACUCGGUGGUGAUGGACCCACAGCCCGUGCCUCCUGGUGUGUCUCGGGUUUCUGCCUCUCUCCCCAGGAGCUACAUGAGAUCGGACAGCGCUCGGCUCAACUCUGUCUUCAUGCCAAGGCCCUUCGGGAGCCAGUCUACAAGCGUCGCAUCACUGCCACCCGCCUACACCGCUCCUCUGAUGGCUGACUCUCAGAAAAGUGUGAACGGAGAGACGGAUUUCACCAAGAAGCUGUCGGCCCCCAGCCGCUAUAUCCAGGUCAUGACCUCUGAGGAUAAGGCGCACUCCCUCUCCAGCUCUGCCCACAGCAGUGGAGAAGAAGAAGAAGAAGAAGAAGAAAGGGGUGUGACCCCCACACUUGCCACAACACUUGUCCCUACCCUGGCCCCUUCUCCUGUCCCUUCUCAGGCCAGGAGUCCUUCACCCGCCCUCCAGACCCCAAAAGUGGCCUACACAGCCCCAGUCAGUCCGUUACCUACAAAAGACCAGGAGAGCUACGCUGACAUGCGGAUCAGUCUCAACCAGAAGUCCAACAGCAGUCGAGACUUUGGCUUCCAGACAGAGUGGGACUCCACUGGAGCACACGUCACCUCCAUCCAACCAGGCAGCCCAGCCGAGCUGUGCCAACUGCAGGUGGGCGACGAGGUGAUGUCGGUGAGCGGGCAAAGGGUGGCAGAGAUGAGCUACGGCAAGUGGAAGAGCAGCACAGAGCAAGCUCUGCAGCAGGGAAGCCUUACCAUGGACAUACGUCGUCACGGCAGGAACAACUGGGACAGAGACCUACCUUCCCUGCCGUUUAAAAGCCAUAAGACCAUCAAUCUGACCAGUAUGGAUCAUCAUCCAACAGUUAUAGGUUUCCCCGACACAACCACCGUUAACGCAACCACCAGCUUGGAUUUCACCUCUCGGGGAUCCAUGGAAACCACCAAGAAGGUCACUACCCAACCAAUCAUUGAUGUAGCAUCCAAUGGAGUGAAUGGAGGCUUCCGUGACGAAACAGUGACCGUGAGAAACAAAGAACCCAUAUCCAUGAAAAAUUUAAAACGGAGGUCAGAGUUUUUUGAACAAGGAGGAUCAGAGUCAGCAAAAUCAGAUAUGCCCGUUGCCUCCAUCGCUCCCUCCUCUAACCGCUUGUCCUGUGACCCGGAGGAGGAGCGCAGGAGGCAGGAGAAAUGGCAGAAGGAGCAGGAGAGACUGCUACAGGAGAAAUACCGUCGUGACCAGGAGAAAUUGGAGGAGGAGUGGCGUCGGGCCCAGCAAGAGGCUAUGACAGAAGGGGGAAGACACCACCAAGAGCAGCCGAGGGGCCUGGAGACGGACAGCAGGAGUAUCAGCCCCCUCUCCCCCCUCCGCCAGCCUACCAUGCCCUGGGAGGACGAAAGGGGGAGGAGGGUAGAGGAGGAAGCACAGAGAAGACAGGAGGAGGAAGAGAGGAGGAGAGUGGAGGAGCGGCAAAAGUGGGAGGAGGGGAGGAGGAAGGAGGAGAAGGAGCAAGAGCUGCUGCGUCUUCAGGAGGAGAGGAAGAGGAGGGAGAAGCAGGAGGAUGAGGAGAGGAGACGGAGGGAAAAGGAGGAGCUGAGAUGGCAGAGGGAGAAGGGGCGCCAGGAGGCUGCUGAACAACAACACAAGGAGAGAGAGAAAAUGCAGGAGCAGCAGCAGCAAUGGGUCGGGGACUCCUAUGGCUAUGCCAAGGCCCAGUCUGAGAUAUCCAUAGCAGACAGGGCAAAGUCGAAAUCUACUCCAGAGCUGGACAACGUGGAGAAAACUAAAGUGAGUGUGUGCCCAGGCUGGUACGGCAGCUCUGGGGGCAUGGCCCAGAGGUUACUGGAGGAGGAGUUGAGACGUAAAACAGACAAAAAGGCCCAGAGUCUCCGGGCUGCGUCAGAACUGGAGUUGGAGAGGAGAAACAUCCUAAACGCCAUGAGAUACAGAGAGCCAGAAAGAGUGACUAGCAGCUGUGGGAUGGGCGAAGAAUUGGGGAGGAAGGGCCAGCAGAGCGUACCCCAGGCGGAGCUGGAGAGGCAGCAGAUCCUUCAGGAGAUGAAGAAGAAGACCAACCUAGCCACAGACAACAGCUGGAUCCGCCAACGCUCCACCAGCACCACCAACAGCAAGGACCCCACUGCCAGCCCCAUCAGGAGAGGCGAGUCUCUGGACAACCUGGACACCGCGCCCCGUUCUUCCUGGCGCUCGUCAUGGACACCAGGAAGCACCUCGUCCAUCCCCAACUACAGCCGGCCUCAUUUAGCCCUUUCUGGCCUCAAAACUACAUCCUCCUAUAGUGGUGUUGCCUACGGUGGUGGUGGCUAUGGCAGCGGGGUCGGAAGUCGUCCUGGCUUAGCCACCCUGCCCUCCUCCCUCUCCAUGAGCUCCCUCAGAGAGGCCAGGGGGUGUAACCUAUCUUUCUGGUCCCUGCGCUCACCCUCGCCAUCCCCCACCCCUUCUCUUGGCCCCGAACCCGAGUCACGCCCAUGCUCACAGCAACGCAGCAGGUCAGUGAGUGGCAAGAAAAUCUGUACGUUCUGUGACACGGUGCUGGGCAAGGGAGCCGCCAUGAUCAUCGAGUCCCUGGGACUCUGCUAUCAUUUGACCUGUUUCAAGUGUAUCGACUGUAAGUCUGACCUAGGAGGAUCGGAGGCCGGAGCUGAGGUCAGAAUACGUAACCGACAGCUCUACUGUAACUCCUGCUACAUGCGAUUCAAAACUGGACAGCCAACGUCCAUGUGACAACGCUGUACUAGAGUAGAUAAAGGACUACUUGACAACAACCCAUGAACACUGCAACCAGCUGUAACUUCAGAUGUAUUAAUGUGGUUUUGUGAUUUGACAAAAAGCCCUGAUUCUUCAAUUAACAACUAUCUUAUUCUUUAUUUCUACUGUACACUUGAGAGGGUGAGAUUGACCAAAAAAAGUGAAAAUGUUGAUAUCAACGUAUUAUUUUUACCAGUUGCUUGUAUAAAGUAGUAGGGAUGUGCAUGCGCCUGCAAGUUUUAGACUUUUAGCUGAAAAUAGGGUUGGAAAAUUCUGAAAACUUUCCCAAAUAUCAGAAAUCACUGGUGGAGAGCUUUGGGAAUUUUGCAACCCUAACGAAACAAUACUGGAAAUUGAUUUUGGUCUUGUUCAUGAGAUUAUUGAUCCUGAUUACUUCAUACUUCAGAGAUGUAAGAGUUUUCAUGUUAGGCUGAAUUUAUUCUCCUUUUCACCUACAAAUAUUUUGGUUACAACAAGUUUGUUGAUGACUGAGGUUUGUUGUUGACUCUUUAUUUUUAUCGAUGUGCCUUUUUGGUUUGUUAUGGGGGGGGAGAUUAUUUAAAUAAAAUGUAUUGAAAAUA